UCCGCCCGAACCAAAGAUGGCUGCUCCCUUCCCCGCGCCCUGGCCAUCGGCGGCGCUCUGCCCUCCGCCCCACGGAGCGUCUGUGGUGCGGGCGGCUGGCGGUCCGCCGCAGGGGCAGCGGCAUGAGGCCCGGCGGUGGCGGCAGCGCAGGGGGCGCCGUGCCCCAGUUCCUGAGCAAAGUCUGGGCUCUGGUGGAGGACCCCGCCACCGACGACUUCAUUGGCUGGAGCCCGGACGGGCAGAGCUUCCAGGUGCUGGACGAGGAGAGCUUCGCCAAGAGGAUCCUGCCCCGGCACUUUAAGCACAACAACAUGGCCAGCUUCGUGCGGCAGCUCAACUGGUAUGGCUUUCAUAAAGUGAUACAGUCUGACAUUGGACCAGGCAAGCAAGAGCGAUACAGUUCUGGUAAAUACCAACACCCUUUUUUCAGAAAAGGCCAGCAAGAACUGCUUUCAAAGAUUAAACGGAAAGUACCUUUGCCUCGAAUAGAAAAUGGUAAAAUAGGACCAGAAGAAGUCCACAAAAUAUUAGCUAUCGUCCAUCAAAUGCAAGGAAAACAGGAUGUCUUGGAUUCUACACUGGAAUCCUUAAAGCGGGAGAAUGAAGCCCUUUGGAAGGAGGUUCUUGAUCUUAGACAGAAGCAAAUUCAGCAUCAACAGCUGUGUGAGACAAAUAUUGCAUCACAGUCUUGUAGCCAGAUUAUUGGCUUGCCACAAAAACAGCCUUUUACGAUAGAUAGCACAGGAAACUACAAUCAACAGUCUACCCAAGAACUAGUUGACAAGAACCAGACCUUCAAAAAUUCAUGCAAUGUGUCAGGAAGUAAAGACAAAUUUGAGGUGAGGAGUAGUAUCAUUAUUAAAGAAGAAUAUCCAGGCAGUUUGGAAGAUGAAUCUCAACCACAGAGAAGGACAGAAAUAAAAUUCAAUAAAACCCAGGUGCUCAAAUGCCAGAAUUUGGUGAAUCAAGAACAUGAAACUGAACAAGCAACAGAUACCAGUGAAUUUGACACAGAAACAGAAGAUUGCAGGUCUACCUGUUCAGAUUCAGGACAUGUGGAGAAAAGAAGAAAAGUGAGACAUUCCACCAGUCAAAAGACUGAGCAGCUCUUCGUUCAGAUGCACAAGGAGAGUGUUGGACUAACAGAAAGACUAUUAGCUUUGGAAGAACAAUCUCUUCAGAAGCUCUCUGAAAUCUCAUCCACUUUGUCUACCCUAGCUAGUUGUGUCAUAAAAGUGGAGAAUCCACAGCAGCUAUCCCAACUGCAAGGAGUGCGUACUCAGACUCAAGGCCAGACCUCUUAAACCCACUCCUAGUUUACUGAGAUCCUAAAACUGCAUUGCUUGGCCUUCAAGAAAUGUUCCUCAAAGUUAUGUUUUAAAAAAACCCCUCUUAAUAUGUGCCUUUUAAAUGGUGGAAACAUGCCAUGCCUGUGACUCAGCAAAUAUAACUCUGAAAUUGCUGUGCUAACUAACAUUUGAUGCUGUAAACAUUCCAGGAGUAUCAACUUGUGGCCUUCUUCAUUUGUCCACAGGCAUUUUAUUUACAAGUUUAGGAGCUGAUUUGUCUGCUGCCUUGUUUAUAAUAACCCAUCUAGACAAAUCAAUAAAAUGUGAAUUUAUUUGAAUGAUAGGCCUUAAAGCAUUUGAUAUCUACAAGAUUAACUCUUAUUUCUAAGUCCCAUUUUAAAAUCAUAGGAAUAUACUUAAAUUCUGUACUAUACCUACUUCAGCCAUGCACUAAAUAGCUAAGCUGUCAUUAUAAAGGAAAUGUAGAAGUGUUGCCUUGCCAAUCCCUUUCCAUCUAACUAGAAAUAUUAACUCUUUCAGAGUUAAGUUUAAUAUUCAUUGUUUGGCAUAAUAUAAACCCAUAGUCCUGCAUUUUCUGUUAAAUGGGGCCAGGUUCUAUUUCAGAGUCUGCCAAAGAAGAAAGUGUCACUUUAGGCAUUUUACAUAACACCUGUUUCUCUGUUACAAAAGGGGUGGAAACAACUUCCAAAGAAUAUGUGACUGAUGUAGAACUGUCAGAAGAGAUCCCUGGAGGCCUUCCCCCUCCCACCUAAUCAUACAGGCAAGCCAGAGAAUUGGCUUCUUUAAUAAACUGUGUGAAAAAACAACAAAAAAGUACACACUACUGACAGUUA